AUGUAUAAAAUCCUAGGAGCGCAAAAGGUGACGAUUUAUAAGAACAGUUGCAGCCCACUCAUGGAGAAAGUCUUGGACUAUUAUAUCUCUGAAGGCACUGUUGAAAUCAUUCCUUGGCCGAUCCAUUUGUACCUGAAAGUUUCAUCUUACUGGCAUCACUCGAUGGGUGGCAAAGAUAUUGGCUACUAUGGGCAAAUUGCAGCCUUGAAAGACUGCAUUUACCGUAACAUGUACAGAAGCAAAUACGUAGUGCUCAUUGAUGCUGAUGAAGUGAUUCUCCCCAUUAAGGAUGCAGACUGGAAAUCCCUAAUGCAAAGAAUGGAAAAGGGAAAUCCAAGAGCUGGGGUUUUUCUGUUUGAAAACCAAGUAUUCCGUAACAAUGUGUUUUCCAGGACUCCCUUCAACUUCUCAUUGUGGAGCAUGGUACCAGGAGUCAACAUGUUUGAACACAUCCACAAGGAACCAAAUAGAACUGAAGGUUUCAAUAACAGGAAAAUGAUUGUUGACCCAAGAAAAGUAAUUCAGACUUCAGUCCAUUCUGUUCUCAAGAUGCAUGGAGAAACUUCCAUCCAGGUUUCUAGUCAACUUGCCAUUAACUUCCAUUGCAGGACCCCUGAACAUAAAGAUUUGCCUGAGAAUGCUUUGGUUCAAGACUCAAUAUUCUGGAGAUAUAACAAAACUUUGACUGCAAAAGUUAACAAUGCCUUGCUUAAAUCCAGCAUUUUAGGAGCCAAUGACCCAGCACAAUGGCAAAAAAGGUGAUACCUUCAUAAAUAGCAUGUGCAUACUCAAUGUUCUCGAUGGCUAGAAGUUCCAACAAAGAAUGGAAUUAUUUUAAUGCAGGGAGGACAACUCUCAAUUGCAUGAUCUACCUCUCAACCUUGACACUCUCUCUACUUCAGGAAAAUAUUCUCUUUUUCAGAUGCAGCACCCCAUCUUAAGCCCCUCUUCCAUGAAGACGAAUGUCUAGUCCUUUGAUGAUCUUCAAUUAAAGUAUUAGUGUU